UCAAAUACCAUCAUGACACGAAAAUAUUCACUGCAGCAACAAGUCUUCGGUUCCCGUACACAUGGGGAGCCAACAGAAAGAUGCCACCUCCUCUUCUUCUUGCUUCUCUCAUUUCUGCUCCUCCGCACUUAGAGCCAAAACUCUAAACCCCUCCUUCGGCCGUGCUACCUCUGGGGGCGAUGGCCUCAUCCGCCGCCUCGGCAUCCUCGAUCUUCUUCUCCUUGGCGUCGGUGCAUCUAUCGGUGCUGGCAUCUUCGUUGUCACCGGUACCGUGGCUCGCGAUGCUGGCCCCGGAGUGACGAUAAGUUUCAUACUCGCGGGAGCUUCGUGUGUGUUGAACGCGCUGUGUUACGCGGAGCUAGCGUCGCGGUUUCCGGCCGUAGUCGGAGGCGCUUAUUUGUAUGCGUAUACGGCGUUCAAUGAAAUCACAGCGUUUCUUGUGUUCAUGCAGUUGAUGUUGGAUUAUCAUAUCGGGGCAGCUAGUAUUGCGCGUAGCUUGGCAAGCUACGUGGCUACGUUUUUCGAGCUCAUUCCUGCUUUGAAAGGAAAUAUACCGGCCUGGAUUGGUCACGGUGGCGAAGAAUUCUUUGGAGGAACUCUGUCUAUUAAUAUUUUGGCUCCGAUUCUUCUUGCCCUUUUGACUAUUGUUCUCUGUAGGGGUGUUGGAGAAUCUUCUGCUGUUAAUUCUUUCAUGACUGCAACCAAGAUUGUCAUUGUUAUUUUUGUCAUCAUUGCUGGUGCUUUCGAGGUUGAUGUAGAUAAUUGGUCUCCUUUUGCUCCCAAUGGUUUUAAAGAGAUAUUAACGGGAGCAACUGUAGUGUUCUUUGCAUAUGUUGGAUUUGAUGCGGUUGCUAAUUCUGCUGAAGAAUCAAAGAGGCCUCAGAGGGAUUUGCCAAUAGGAAUCUUGGGAAGUCUGCUUAUAUGUGUUGCAUUAUAUAUUGGUGUUUGCUUGGUGAUCACUGGGAUGGUACCUUACAAUCUCCUGGGAGAAGAUGCUCCUUUGGCUGAAGCUUUUACAUCCAAGGGUUUGAAAUAUGUUUCCAUUUUAAUCAGCAUUGCAGCUGUUGCUGGGCUUACAACAACCCUUCUAGUUGGUCUUUAUGUCCAGUCUCGUUUAUAUCUUGGGCUUGGAAGGGAUGGCUUGCUGCCUUCAUUAUUUGCUAAAGUGCACCCAAAACGUCACACACCUAUUCAUUCUCAAAUCUGGGUCGGUAUCAUUGCUGCUGUUUUGGGAGGACUGUUUAACGUGCACAUCCUAUCACACAUUCUUUCAGUGGGUUCACUGACAGGCUAUUCGGUUGUUGCAGCAUGCGUUGUAACUCUUCGCUGGAAAAAUAAGACAGGAAAUCAAGCUUCUUCAAAAUGUAUGUCAACCUGGUGUGAAGGUGUCAUAUGCAUCGUCACAGUGGCAUGCUGUGGUUUUGCUACUGGAGUUCUUUACCGUUAUGGUGCUUCAUUUAUUUUUAUGAUUGUUGCGGUGGUGAUAGCCAUACUUGCUUGUGCUGCUCUUUGCUACCGUCAGGCUUAUUCAGAUCCUCCGGGGUUCUCUUGUCCUGUGGUUCCCAUUGUGCCAUCUGUUUGCAUUUUUUUCAACAUCUUCCUGUUUGCUCAGUUGCACUAUGAAGCAUGGAUCAGAUUUGUCAUCCUCAGCGUAAUAUCUGUUGGUAUUUAUGCAUUUUAUGGACAGUAUCAUGCUAAUCCAAGUUCAGAUGAGACAAUUAUUUAUCAUAUGGCACCCGAAGAAGAUGCACACUAAUUACAUGUUUAGACUACGUAUGCUUCUCAGUAUGGCUUGCAGUUUUUCAUUGUAUUAUUGCAUUGAUCUUGCAAUAAGAGUAUUUGUGAUCAUAUGAAUCAUAAGACGCUUAAUGGUUGAAAUACUCUGGAUCAAGCCAUUUGGUUAGAGAAGUUGAAUAAUAGGUUUGUAGAUAUUGAAUUCUCUUCAACAAUUCUAGGCUUCAAGCUGCAGUCCAAUGAAUAGAGAAUGUUGUCUCAGUGGUGUUCUCUGCAGUGUAGUCUUAAUUUCUUAUCAAGUAGGUAGGUUCUCCAUAAGCUGCCGUUUUCACAGCAGCACAGGUUCCUCAUAGGUUUAAGUAAAGUGUACUAUAUGGAUCGUUGACAUUUUGUAGUGUUUGCACCGAAAAUUAUUUCUAUAUUUA